AUGAAGUACGCUAAUGGGGGUAUGCCAUACUAUCUCAGUGUAGGAGAUUUCAAUGAUGAUACAUACUUGGAUGUCGUAACCAGUAAUGCAAAUAGCGAUGAUAUGAGUAUUCUGCUUGGCUACGGCAAUGGCUCGUUCAGUAAUCAAGUGAGAUAUCCAACCGGUUCACUUCCACAGUCUAUACUUGUUGGUGAUUUUAACAACGAUCAACGACUUGAUAUUGUUGUUGUAAAUACAAACAAUGAUGAUAUAAGUGUAUUUUUAGGCAACGGAAAUGGAUCGUUCCAAGCUCAAAACAAAUAUCGUACUGGUACGAGUCCGGUAUCCCUUGCUAUUGGUGACGUUGACAAUGAUACACAAUUGGAUAUCAUAGUUGCAAAUAGUGGAAGUAAUGAUAUAAGUGUCUUGCUUGGCGUUGGUGAUGGAACUUUCAAAAAUCAAUCAAGAUAUUCCACUGAUUCUCAACCAAACUCAAUAAUCAUCGGUGAUUUGAAUAACGACACAUUCCUCGAUAUUAUAGUUGCGCAUUCGGUUAACAGUAGUAUAAGUGUUCUGAAUGGUUAUGGUAAUGGAAUAUUUGCGUCUCGAACGACGUACUCGACCAAUGCAGGUGCACUUUCUUCAAUUUCUGCUGACUUUAAUAAUGACAAACGCAUGGAUAUAGCCGUCGUUUGUUCUGGUUCGUCGCAACUCGAUGUGUUUUUUGGAUCCAUCAGUCAAUCAUUUAUCAAACGCACAACCUUAAGAACUGGCAGCGGGUCACGACCAAGAUCGUUAGUUACAGGCGAUUUUAAUAAUGAUAAUCACAUAGACAUUGUGGUGGCAAAUUCAGGUACAAAUAAUAUAGGUCUGUUCCUGGGCUAUGGAAAUAUCUCUUUUACCAAUCAAACAGCUACUACUCUUGGUUACUCGCCCUGGUCCAUCGCUAGCGGUCAUCUGAAUAACGAUGCUCUAUUGGAUAUUGUCGUUGCUGAUUAUUACAAUGGUAGUAUCAGUGUACUCGUUGCAUCUGUAAAUACUUCGUUUGCACAACAACAAGUGUUGUUAACUGGUGUUGGAUCGAAACCAUAUGCCAUUGUCACAGCUGAUUUUAAUAAUGAUAACUCGCAGGAUAUUAUUAUUGCUAACUAUGGUAGCAAUACGAUUAGCCUUUUCCUCGGCUAUAGCAAUGGCUCCUUCAGCAGUCGAAUGAAAAUUUCAAAUGGUUAUGGCACUAAUCCAUUUUCGAUUGCCGUUGGUGACUUUAAUAAUGAUUGUAAACUGGAUUUUGCCGCUAUCAAUGAGAGCACGGAUAAUUUAAAAAUUUUCUUACAAACUUGCUAG